CAGGAAUAAAAAACCGCGGCGUUUCUGGGGAAUAAAAGAAGAGAAGAAAUAAAAUUAAAAAAAAAAAGCAAAGACAAAACCGCCAUUGUCUUUACAAAAACAGCUCAUUCUUAUCCCAUUUUAUUUGUCUUCUCUCUUCUUCCCUGGUUUUAUAUCUCACCUCCCAAAAAUCCAGGGGCUUAUUGUCAACGAAUUCCGUCUCUUAAAAGUUAUCAUCUUUCUUAUAUAAUCAGUGAAUCUCAAUCACCACUUUCCUACAAAAUCUCCCAGAAAUCUUACAGAACAGAAAGCCACUUUCUCUCGGUUGUUAACUCAAAAUCGAAACAAUAGCAGAAAAAAUAAUAAAAGAUGCGGAUGAGUUGUAAUGGAUGCAGAGUUCUUCGAAAAGGGUGUAGUGAGGAUUGUAGUAUACGACCGUGUUUGGCUUGGAUCAAAUCCCCUGAAGCGCAAGCAAACGCAACUGUGUUUCUCGCCAAGUUCUAUGGUCGUGCUGGACUCAUGAACCUCAUCAACGCUGGUCCCGAUCACCUUCGUCCUGGGAUUUUCCGGUCGUUGUUGCAUGAAGCUUGUGGGAGGAUUGUGAACCCGAUCUACGGUUCGGUGGGGUUGUUAUGGUCGGGAAACUGGCAGCUUUGUCAAGCCGCCGUUGAAGCGGUGAUGAAAGGUGAAGCGAUCACUGAGUUGGCGACAGAUGCGGCGGCGAGCGGGCAAGGUCCGCCGCUUAAAAUGUAUGACAUCCGACACAUUUCUAAGGACGAGAGCUCUGCCGCUGCGGCAGCAACAACUACUGGUUCAACAGAUCCGAAACGAGGAAAAGCUCGGCGUGCUAAGCGUGUCGCCGCCGUCACCAAACCGGCAGAAUCAGAGGGAAAAUCAGCUGGGAGAGAGGCUAGUCACGAGUCGUCGUUGAGUCACCAGUCUGAAGUCGUGGCUCCUCAUGAGGGAGAGAGCAAUAUCUCGGAGGUCAUGACGUUCUCACCGCCGGCUUUACAAGGCUCCGGUGAGAUCAAGCUUGACCUAACAUUAGGUCUGGAGACGGUGUCACGUGCGGAUCACGUGGUGCCUGUAAAGAAGAGAAAAAUGGGAGUGUUUGGGACGUGGCAGGGGGAGGAGAGCUCGUGCAAGACUGACCUUAUGCUCUAAUAAGCUCUUAACUAUUCCUUUUAGAUUUUUUUGCCUGUAUCAGCUCUCAGUGAUGAUGAGCCAAAGCAGAUAUAACUCUUUUUUUUUAAGUUUUGUUAUAUUCCCUCCCUUUAAUUUUUUGAUGAGCCAAAGAUAGAGCAAUGUACAAACUUAUUUACAGAGAUAAAAUUCAAGAUUGGCUAUUACAGAGUUUAUUACUUUACCACUGUGUGUAAUCUGUACCAAUGCAAAGAAACACAAAAAUAGCCACACAAUAGAAUUGGGCCUAAUAUUCUAAACAUUUUGGGCCUAUCUUUUGGUGAACGCAGGAACUGUCAAUGGCAUAAAAUGAGGGAUGAC